AGGUAUUUCGCCACCGCCGUGUCCCGGCCCGGCCGCGGGGAGCCCCGGUACAUCGAAGUCGGCUACGUGGACGACACGCCGUUCGUGCGGUUCGACAGCGACGCGGCGAGUCCGAGGAUGGAGCCGCGGGCGCCGUGGGUGGAGCGGGAGGGGCCGCAGUAUUGGGACCGGGAGACACAUUUCGCCAAGGAAAACGCACAGAUGUUCCGAGGGAACCUGCGGACCGCGCUCCGCUACUACAACCAGAGCGAGGCCGAGUCUCACACCAUCCAGAGGAUGCUUGGCUGCGAAGUCGGGCUGGACGGACGCCUCCUCCGCGGGUACAGGCAGGAAGCCUAUGACGGCGCGGAUUACCUCGCCCUGAACGAGGACCUGAGCUCCUGGACCGCGGCGGACACUGCGGCUCAAAUCUCGAAGCGCAAGUUUGUGGAGGGCACUGAGGCGGAGCACACCAGGGCCUACCUGGAGGGCAGGUGUGUGGAGUGGCUGCUCCGAUACCUGGAAAACGGGAAGGACACGCUGCAGUACGCGGAUCCCCCAAAGACACACAUGACCCAUCACCCCAGCCCUGAUGGGGAUGUCACCCUGAGGUGCUGGGCCCUGGGAUUCUACCCUGCGGAGAUCACACUGACCUGGCAGCGGGAUGGGGAAGACCAAACUCAGGACAUGGAGCUUGUGGAGACCAGGCCUUCAGGGGAUGGAACCUUCCAGAAGUGGGCCGCUGUGGUGGUACCUUCUGGAGAAGAGCAGAGAUACACGUGCCAUGUGCAGCAUGAGGGGCUGCCAGAGCCCCGCACCCUGAGAUGGGAACCUUCUUCCCAGAUCACCAUCCUCAUUGUGGGAAUCGUUGCUGGCUUGUUUCUGGUUCUCCUUGGAGCUGUGGUCACCGGAGCUGUGAUGUGUAGGAGGUAGAGCUCAGGUAGGGAGUGGGGAGGUGGUCUGGGUUUUCUUGUCCCACUGGGGGUUUCAAUCCCCAGGUAGAAGUGUGUCCUGCCUCAUUACUGGAAAGUACCAUCCACACACACGUGCUUACCCAGCCUGAGGCUCUGUGUGCUAACACUUAUUCUUUUGCAAAACACAUACAGAAAUAAAGGACAAAUGUUUCACUUU